AUGCUGCAAUUUGGCCGAUCAAUCCACCAGGAAGCUCGUCACUUCAGCACGGCGGCGCCUCGGCUCGCCGUCCAGAAAGCCAUAGCGGCGGCAUACUACAGAGGAGGCACCUCGAGGGCGGUCAUGUUCCGCAAAGGCGACCUUCCUUCAGAUCAGUCACAAUGGAUACACAUAUUCCGGAGCGUCAUAGGCUCGCCCGACCCAAACGGACGCCAGUUGGAUGGGAUGGGGCGCGAACUGUCAUCCUUGUCGAAAGUCCAGCUCGACUCGAUCCGACGCCAGGCCGUGGUGGCAAUGGGCCUCGCGAAGGACAUCGACAACGUCCCCGGCUCAAUCCCAAAGAUCGCAAUGGUCUCCGCUCCACGAAAGCACAAGCUUCUGAGCGGCGGGAUCCUGGACACGAAGUCCUGCGACGUCGUGGUCCGCGCCAUCAGCGUUGGCCAGCCGCACCAAGCCGUCCCCAUCACCGUUGCGAUGGCGCUCGCUACCGCGUCCCGCCUGCCCGGGUCAACGGUCAAGGAGUGCGUUGCGCCUAUGCCUGUGGAUCCGGAUGGUGUGACUUUGGGGCACAACAGUGGCAAGAUCCUGGUGGGAUCGACGUUCGACGAGAAAGGGGUUAUCGAAGAGGCGAUUGUAUUUCGUACGGCACGGCGGCUCAUGGAGGGUAAAGUGUACUACAAAUAA